UUCUUCUCAAUGGGUACGGAGAGGAAGAGAAAGGUCAGCUUGUUUGAUGUGAUGGACGAAACAGCUGCUGCUAAGCUCACCAAGGCUAACGGUGGAGUGGCUACUGCGGGAGUCAACGGAAUCAGCUAUAGCGGCUCUGUAAAUCCAUGGAAUGGGAAGCCCUUUUCACAGAGGUACUAUGAUAUAUUAGAGAAGAGGAAAACUCUGCCUGUUUGGCACCAAAAAGAGGAGUUCUUGGACGCGUUGAGGAAGAACCAAGUCCUCGUCCUUGUUGGUGAGACUGGAAGUGGCAAGACAACUCAGAUUCCUCAAUUUGUUCUGGAAGCUGUGGGGUUAGAAACUGCAGAUAAGAGGCGCAAAAUGAUGGUUGGGUGUACUCAGCCUCGUAGAGUGGCUGCAAUGUCUGUUUCUCAACGUGUUGCUGAAGAGAUGGACGUUAGUAUUGGCGAAGAAGUUGGUUAUAGUAUCCGGUUUGAGGACCGUAGCAGCACGAGAACAGUGUUGAAGUAUUUAACUGAUGGUAUGCUUUUAAGAGAAGCAAUGACCGAUCCACUUCUGGAACGCUACAAAGUAAUAAUCCUUGAUGAAGCUCAUGAAAGAACUUUGGCAACAGAUGUACUUUUUGGGCUUCUCAAAGAAGUGUUGAAGAAUAGACCAGACUUGAAGCUAGUUGUGAUGAGUGCUACACUUGAAGCUGAGAAGUUUCAGGGCUAUUUCAAUGGUGCUCCUCUUAUGAAAGUUCCCGGUAGGCUUCAUCCUGUGGAAAUAUUCUACACUCAGGAGCCUGAAAGGGAUUACCUGGAGGCAGCUAUUCGUACUGUUGUUCAGAUACACAUGCAUGAAGGACGUGGUGACAUACUAGUUUUCUUAACCGGUGAGGAGGAGAUCGAGGAUGCCUGCCGGAAAAUUUCGAAAGAGAUAGGUAAUUUGGGUGACCAAGUGGGACCUGUGAAAACGGUGCCCCUGUAUUCGACUCUUCCACCAGCCAUGCAACAGAAGAUAUUUGAUCCUGCUCCACCUUCUUUGAAAGAGGAUGGUCCUCCUGGUAGGAAAAUUGUUGUUUCAACAAAUAUUGCGGAAACUUCACUCACCAUUGAUGGCAUUGUUUAUGUCAUUGAUCCUGGUUUUGCCAAGCAAAAAGUAUAUAAUCCACGUGUUCGCGUUGAGUCCUUGUUGGUGUCCCCGAUUUCAAAGGCGAGUGCACACCAGAGAGCUGGUCGUGCUGGUAGAACACAGCCAGGAAAAUGUUUUAGGCUCUAUACUGAGAGAAGUUUCAAUCAGGAUCUGCAGCCACAGACAUAUCCUGAGAUAUUGAGGUCGAAUCUUGCGAACACUGUUCUCACACUGAAGAAGCUAGGGAUUGAUGAUUUGGUGCAUUUUGAUUUUAUGGACCCACCUGCUCCUGAGACAUUGAUGCGAGCUUUGGAAGUGUUGAACUAUUUGGGAGCUUUGGAUGAUGAUGGCAACUUGACUAAGCUGGGGGAAAUCAUGAGUGAGUUCCCAUUAGAUCCUCAGCUGUCAAAGAUGCUAGUCAUCAGUUCCGAGUUCAAUUGUUCAAAUGAGAUCCUCUCGGUUUCAGCUAUGUUAUCAGUACCCAAUUGCUUUGUCCGACCUAGGGAGGCUCAAAAGGUAGCUGAUGAAGCAAAAGCUCAGUUCGGGCACAGUGAUGGCGAUCACCUCACACUGUUGAACGUGUACCAUGCAUUCAAGCAAAAUAAUGAAGAUCCGUCUUGGUGCUAUGACAACUUUAUCAAUUACAGGGCACUGAAGAAUGCUGAUAAUGUUAGAGAACAGCUUGCGCGUAUCAUGUUGAGAUUUAACCUGAAGAUGUGCAGCACAGACUUUGACAGCAGGGAUUAUUAUGUCAAUAUUAGGAAAGCCAUACUAGCAGGCUACUUUAUGCAGGUUGCUCAUCUGGAACGUACCGGACAAUACUUAACUGUCAAAGAUAACCAGGUUGUGAACUUACAUCCAUCUAAUUGUCUGGAUCGUAAGCCUGAGUGGGUUGUCUACAACGAGUAUGUCUUAACAAGUAGGAAUUACAUUCGGACGGUGAUAGAUAUCCGUGGUGAAUGGCUUGUGGACUUAGCACCACAUUACUAUGAUCUUGAGAACUUCCCACAGUGCGAGGCGAAGCGGGUUCUGGAGAAGCUCUACAGGAAGAGGGGAUAGGGGAGAGGAAAGCAAGAGCAGCUGGAGAUAGGAGUACUGUCUUUCUAUCUCCCCCCAAUGGAUCUUGCGACAGAUAUAAAAAUUGGCUUGCAUUAGAACUGUGCAGUUUUAGCCACUCUGUAUGCAAGCUUGCCUGUUAAGUCCCCGUGUUGAUGAAUUUCGCUGGUCAGCUUCUACUUUUGGAUCUGGAAUAGAGAAGUCACCACUUGCCAUGUAGUGAAAGAGAUAGAAGUGGCUCUGGGCUCUGGCUGGUUACUUAUUUCGAUCACCAUGCUGCUACUUUGUUAUUUAUCUUGUCACUGCUGGACAGUGCAUUAACCUGGGUAUCUAUACUUCCUACGGCCAUUUUAGCUGCAAUUUUAUAACACCUUUCUGUUGGAUUAUGUCAAGGCAUGUAUUAACUUCCCUGCUGGUGUGUUAUUUUAAGCCUGAAACUAGAAAUAGAGGCUCAAUUUACUUUUUUAUCGGUUCGUUUCGCGAUGAAAUUAUAGAACAGAGUCUCGGGUGGCAUCUGCUAAUUAGCCUCGGCUCCCUCGGUAAUGUGGGCUCGUAAAGUACAACACUACAACCCAAUAGCCCAUAUCACCAAGUACCGUGAACGGGUCAGGAUAGUCUCACCGAUCUGCCGCCAUGUUUCAAAAUUUGCCAUAGACGGAUUUGUAGCCGAUAUGGAAAGGUGUGUACGUAACAAGGACGGCUCCUGUUAGGCUGUUACCGUCUGACGAACGAAUCCAACAAGAACAGGGAGAGGCGAAAGCGGCAGCGCAUGAUGGCGGAACGGCCGUAUUCCGCUGAGUCGCACUCGGCAGAUUCUCCAACAAACCAGACAUGGGACGACGGCAAAUUGAAAUGCGAUUGGGAUGUUCUCCUUUUUUAUCAAUACAAAGUGGCCACAGGAUCUGCCGCAAAGACGGAUAGCACACAACUGGAAGACGACAAACAAAAUUUGGUGCAGUUG